AGCUCUCUACAUCCUCGAUGCUUCAUAAGAAAACCACACCAAUCGGAUCAUUUUUCACGCGGAGUUGUUGGAAAUAUAAAGACUGGCAGGCAUGCUGACCAGCUUUAUGGAGGGUCUUCUCUGCUGCCUGUCCUCAAAGUCGGCCAACGUUGUUGUUCCUGUAGAAACCUCAGAACCAUCUGAUGGCUACGAGUUUGUGGAGGUGAAACCAGGCCGCGUCCUGCGGGUUCGACAUAUCAUCCCUGACCGGGCAGUGGUGGAGGAACCCACUGGGCUGGGUGGGAUUGUCAGCUGCAAACGAAAGAUCACAGUGUAUCGUAAUGGACAGCUGUUUAUUGAGAACUUGGGUGACAGGGCGAGUGCAGAGCUGAAAAACUGCCAGAAUGGAGAGACAGAACCAGACAGCGCUGAGGAGGUUGAACUGACAGAUUGUGGAAACUCCUCGCCGCCCGCCAUCUUACCUGAGGCCAGGUCUGAGUCUGUCACAGCUGGAAAAGACAGGACAGCUGAAACAGGAGAAAGUGGAGAUGCACCGGCUGCUGGACAGACUGACCAGUCGCAGGAACCCAGGAUACGAAGGCGGAAGCCCAAGCGCACAGUGGUGAUCGACUGUGAGAGGCAGAUAUCAGCCUGUAAAGGGACACAUGCAGAUGUGGCUCUGUUCUUCAUCCAUGGAGUGGGAGGCUCACUGGAUAUCUGGGGAAACCAGUUGGACUUCUUUUCCAAGCUGGGCUAUGAGGUGAUCACCCCGGACCUGGCAGGUCACGGUGCCAGCUCAGCACCAAAGAUAGUGGCUGCAUACACUUUCUAUGCCCUGGCUGAGGAUAUGAGACUUAUCUUCAAGAGAUAUGCACGCAAGAGGAAUAUUCUCAUAGGACAUUCUUAUGGUGUGUCGUUCUGUACCUUCCUGGCACACGAGUAUCCGGAACAGAUCCACAAGAUGGUGAUGAUCAACGGAGGUGGUCCCACAGCGCUGGAGCCCAGCCUCUGCUCCAUCUUCAACCUGCCCACCUGCGUGCUUCACUGCCUCUCCCCGCUGCUAGCCUGGAGCUUUCUCAAGGCUGGUUUUGCUCGGCAGGGUGCCAAGGAGAAGCAGCUGCUGAAAGACAACAAUGCCUUCAACGUGUCCUCUUUUGUGCUGCGCGCCAUGAUGAGUGGGCAGUACUGGCCUGAGGGGGACGAGGUCUACCAUGCUGAACUCACAGUUCCCAUCCUGCUGGUUCACGGCAUGCAUGACAAGUUUGUCCCCAUCGAAGAGGAUCAGCGCAUGUCGGAGAUACUCCUAAUGGCCUUCCUGAAGGUCCUGGAGGACGGCAGUCACAUGGUCAUGAUGGAGUGUCCUGAGGCUGUCAACACACUCCUGCAUGAGUUCAUCCUGUGGGAGCCGGCCAUCCCUCCAACUCCAAAGAAAGAGUCAAAAACACGCCCAGAAACGGCCAACUCCCAAUCUGACAACACCAAGGCUACAUCUGACCCUUCCAAGGUCCGACCUUCAACUGCAAGGCAGACCUCAUCCAACGGCAGCACAGUGGAGAAGCCAGACAGCAAGGCCAAGAAAUGACUGAAGAGUUAAAGCUGAAGCUUCCAGUGGUUGCUACACAAUAUCAUGGCUGGCCAUGCACUAUGUGGGUCCUGAUCAUCUGAGCUGGUUGUAGCUGUUGAACCUGAUGCUGAGCCAAAAGAGCCAGCUGAAAUGAUGCAGCUGAAUGUUGGACGAGUGAAGAUGUGACACA